AUGAACUCAUCUAACUAUUAUUAUUCCACAAAUGCCACAUUUGUUGGCUCCUCUUCUGGAUUCCAUCAGAUUCUUGCAAUAACUCUAAUGACAAUAAAAGUACUACUGAAUUCGGUUGGACUACUUUUGAACUGUCUCUUACUUUAUAUGAUAAUUCAAAAUUUCCAAAAACUUCACAAAACAUUCAGCAUUCUUUUGACCUAUACUCUUAUAAACGAUUGUUUAAUUUCAGUUACUCUACUAUUAACAAUUAAAAGAAUAAUUCAAUGUCAUGAGACCCUUGCAAUGGUCUUCUUCGGUCCAUGCACUCUAAUAUCCACACCAUUCUGUCAUGUUCUCGAUGCAGUUCAUCUCCAUGCGCUUCAGAAUUGGAUCUUAUCUCAAAUUCUUUUAAUUGGCUUUCGAACUGCAAUGUUAUCAUCUGCUCAAUCAUUUCUUUCUGUUAAACGGACUAUAUUCUUCUGUCUAUUGGCAUGGUUGCCGGGUUUGGUUUCGUUGGUCCUCCAUGUCACCUACAAAUUCUCCCGUCCACAUCUUCUGGAAUUGAUUCAUAGAUGCUACGAUGAAAACUUUUCCUUCAGCUUCAUAAGUGGAUACGAAUCCUUCUACAAUUCUCCCCUUCCAUUCACAAUAUUCAUGUUACUGGUCCCCAAUAUUCCCCAUUACUUUCUGGUAUACUGCUUCCGACACAAACAAAAUCAUGAUCUGAAGCGUCGAACAAUGUCAAUGACGACUCUAAAAAUGCAUACAACUCUUCGAAAAGUUUCCACAAUGAAGGCAUUUCUUCCUCUAUUUCUUCUUGCCGAUGUUCUAAUUUAUUUCUUCUGCCAACUAGAAUUUCUACCUCCUCAAUUCAUCGAGUACUUUCUAGGUACGAUCUCAAGUUCCAUCAACAUCCUAAAUCCAGUAAUCGCAAUGUGCUGCUUCCGACCGUAUCGAAAAAUGAUCAAGGGGUAUUAUCGACUCAUUAUAUCAAAAUUCUCUGCCCAUCCAAAAGUCAUGUUUCUGGAAGGAAGUUCCGACGAAGUUGUUAAUUUGUGA